CUCACCAUGGCGCCUGCAGCAGCACAAUUAAGGCUGGGCUUCUGCUGGAUAUUUGCCUUGUUUCUAGGGCGGAUCAUUUCUGUUCAGGUCACUGUGCCAAGUGAGCCCGUCUUUGGAAAAGUGGGCAGCACAGUAUUACUGCCCUGCACGUACAACACCAAUUUUGUGAAAGGGUGCAACUUGGCUUGGAGCUUCAUUCCUACAGGCAGCUCCUCUGAAAAAGAGAUUCUCUACUAUGAUGGAGAGCUUUACCCUGUCGACACAAGACGAAACAGGAUCAGGCUGCUUCACAGUGCACCAACACAGGGGACGGCUUCAAUUGAAAUCCAGAGCAUUCAGCCAUCGGAUACCGGCUCUUACAUCUGCCGUGUCGUAAACCCCAAUGACUGGUCAGGCAACCAACAGGGCACUGUUAACCUUGAAGUUCUCACUCCUCCAUCAACGCCAGUGUGCAAAAUGAGUGGGAGCACCAAUGUCGGAAGUGAUGUCAUUCUCACCUGCAACUCUGUGGAAGGCAACCCUCUUCCCAUCUACGACUGGAAAAAAGCAAAGGGGGUAGUGCCACAGGCCAACUGGAUAAUGGACCAACGUACCGGGACAUUAGUGCUACAGAAUGUUUCUUUUGCCUUCACUGGGUCUUAUCAGUGUACAUCCUCCAAUGAACAAGGAACAGCCAGCUGCUCCAUUUCAGUUCGCAUAACCGCCGCCAGCACUGCAGCAGUUGUUGCCGGAGCCGUGGUAGGAACACUUCUUGUCUUACUCUUGCUGGGAGCCUUGGCUGCCUACUUCGUCUGGUUCAGGAAGCGCCACUUCAAGGGGUCCUCCAGUUCUGGAAAUGAGUUAAGAGAGGAUGCAGUGGCACCACCCUUCAAAAACCCAAAAUCGAAAGCCAAAGAUGACUCAGAGUCUCAGUUAAUGAAUCACUCCCUUGGCAGACAGGAGACGGCCAGCAACAACAGUGCCAUGAUGACCCAUGUGGUUUAAUCGUCGCCUUCUCCUCACUGCUUAGGAGCCCACUACAGCUAGACAGGCCAAACCAGACUUUCCUAUCUUCUGGCAAUGGCCACUCAUGGACCCUGAGCCUUCCUUUGACCUUCUGCUUCAUCAACAUCCUACUGCUGAGUCUGUGCUGUUUAUUUUUCUUUGUUGUAUGUGCCUCUUCCUCAGUCUGCGCCUUUCAGUUCUGUUUUCUCCUGCUUCAUCAUCUUCCCCUUCAUCCCACAAUUUAACGGCCAGCACCUCGGUUUCUUUUCCAAUUCUUUACUUCAAUCUGCAACCUUUUGAAUUUUCCACAGACUUCUCGUCCUCAAUCUAAAUUUACAUUUUUUUUCUUUGUUCUACCUCUUCUUCCUUGCUCUUCAUCAGUGCAUCAAUUUUAUUUACUUAAUCCCUCUUCUUCAAAUGCCUCUUUCCCUUUUUCAUGUUCCAUAACGUCUAUUUUUUAAAUUAGCCUAUAAUCCUCAUCUUCCUCUCGUUGCACCAUUUUUGAUAUUUAUGCCCACUCCACAUGCUAAGGUGUUUGCCCCAUUGCUCUUCCUCAGUCAGUGCUCCCCUUCUUCUUAUACCUAACCCCCCUUAUCUUUAAUGCUUUAAACUCCUUUUCCUCAGUAGGACUUUUCUGUUUUUGCUUGCUACAUGUCUAUAGUAGUAUAGUUUUUCUUCAUCAUUCUUCUCCUCUUCUUCACUCUGCACCCCUUCUUUAUGAAUAGCCCACCCCUUUUUCUCAACUCAUGUCUUCUUUUUGAUAUUCAAGCCUACUUCUUUUGCUUUUGCAUUUUCCCCAGUUCUCUUCCUUGUCUUUCCAUAUAGUCUUCUUCUUUUCAGUAUCUUCUCUUCUUCUUCUCUUUAAGCUGUUUUCAUUCUGCGCAUCUCAUUCUAAAAUAGCCUUUCCUCCUCUUCCUCAGUCUGCUCCUCCUAUUUCUUAAUGCUUUUACUCUUCUGCCUCUCUUGUCUUUUCUGGUUUUGUAAACUGUAAUUAUGUAUUUUAAAUUAUCUUUCCCCUUUUUUCAUCAGUCUACAAGUCUUCAUCACUUUGCAUCACCUCUUCGUGAGCAGCCUCAUCCCAUUUGCUCAAUUGACAGGUUCUUUUUGAAAUUUGUGUCUUGUUUUUGCAUUCUUUAGUCUUACCCUCUUCUUUAUUACUGGAAUGAGUCCUCCUCCUCUUCCUCUUCUUUCUGUUUCAUUCUUUUUGUUUUCUGGUUUUUAAAUAAGCUUCUUCUCCGGUCAGCUCUUUUCUCCUCAUCUUCUUCACUCUGUCCUCCUACUUUUUAAUGGCGUUCACCUGCUCUUUUCCUUUCUUAUGUUCUCCAAGUCCAUAUUUUAAAUUAGCCUCUUCCUCAGUCUGCAUUUUGCUUCUUUUUAAUGUCUCUUACCUAUUGCAUUAAUUCCUGCACAGCUUCCUCACUUGUCAGCCUAGCUUUCAGUGUCCAUUUCUAGUCAUCUUUUCAUUUUGACCACCAACCUUCCCUUCCUCAGUCAAUGUCCCUUUUUACUUACCUUGGCACCUUCAUCAGUCCGUGUCCCUCUGCCAGCACUCCUACUCCUUUUCUGCGCCUCUGCUGUCCUGAAUUCUUUCUUCCUCUCUGCAUGUUUUGAAAUUGAAUUGUAUCCUCAUAGGAGUAUUAUAUUUGUUUUCUUUGUGUAUAUAAAUUUUAUAUCUUUUUUUAAUAAACAUAAAAUGUUCUGAA